GUUGAGGAAACAAGCGAACAUCGUCUCUGACAUACACUGGAUGUGGUGGUCCUAGCUCCAAGGACGCCAACUAUUCCGUAUUUUUUUAGGAUCCUGUAGCGUUGAAUAAUUCAUUUUCGGCGGCAUUCAUGAAAUAACUUGAAAUUCAUAGCAGGAUAACAUCAUGAUUUCGCCGUGGGACCGGUGGUACUCGACGAGCUGCUGCCUCUGCUGCCAUGUACGGACAGGCACCAUUAUUCUGGGAAUAUGGUAUAUGCUCAUCAAUGCGGUGGUUCUACUCAUCUUGUUGUCGGCUCUUAAUGACCCAGUUCAAUACCGCUACCACCUUACCAGCUCUGAACUGGGAACUGACAUCGACGUCAUGGACGAUGCAAAUAUCUGCAUAGCCACUGCAAUAUCCCUGCUCAUGAUUCUUAUAUGUGGCAUGGCAACAUAUGGUGCUUACAAGCAACAUGCUGCUUGGAUCAUUCCAUUCUUCUGCUACCAAAUGUUCGACUUUGCCCUUAACACACUGGUAGCCAUUAGUGUUGUUGUUUAUCCCAACACGGUGCAGGACUACCUCCAGCAACUGCCGGGGACAUUCCCUUACAAAGAGGACAUCAUGUCCACCAACAACAUGUGCCUAGUUUUUGCAGUCCUGCUCUUCAUUGGCUGCAUCCUCUCCUUCAAGGCCUACCUGAUUGGCUGUGUGUGGAACUGCUACAGAUAUGUGAGCGGCAGGGGCACCACGGAGGUCCUGGUUUAUGUCACCACCAAUGACACCACGCUCAAUGAGUUGAUACCUCUAAAUGUACAAGGUUCUGCUGCCCCCGUACGAGGAGGCCAUCGCUAUACCCCCGAAGGAUCCCCCUCCCCAGUAUAUGGAGGCAUGAGGGACGUCCCCCCUGCUGGACCCCAUACCCCAAACACCUUCCACAUUUCACUCCCAUCACUAGGACCCAAACGCUGGCUGGAACAUGUUGGAAAGCAAGACAAAACAAUGUCUUAGAGGCCGGUUUCAUCUUGGUUCCCUGCCAAACGUAUAUUAGAUUAGGCUGACCUCCAUCAUCUCUCCCCACCACCACCCCUGGUUGUUGUGAUGUAAUUUCCUCCCCCUACCCUCUCCUCUGUCUUCCUCCAAGGACAGUAUCGCAGCAGCUCCACCUGCCACACCCCCCGUGGCAGCUGCCGUCCCACAGGCAGCAUCUAAACUCUGGCUCCCCCCCUGAACACUCUGACCCAACUUAAUGUGCACUUCUCUUUGAGGGAAACGUGCACCGGUUCGGCCACCAACUGUUAAACCCCCCGAUACUGUGAAUCUCCCUCGUGGUCUUUGUCUAGAAACAAACUACCUGAAGAGAGUUAGCGACAGAGAGAGUGAGAAGGAAAGCGACAUACAUGAUCAGUUAUGCAAGAGCACUUUUUUCAGAAAUUGACAAAUUCCUUAAUUGAAUGUAAUGUCGAGGUAUUUUUGUAUGACUUUUUUGUAUAACAGUAAAAAUCUGAGAGAAAAAGAAGUGAUAGUGAAAGGCUGAAAGGUUGUGAUAUCAUCUAUGUACUCAUGGUGUGUGUCCUGCAGGAAAUCGUAAUGAAAAUCCUCGACCAAUACCAACUACGUCUUCCUGUUGUAUCCAUGUAAACACACUGUCUGUAAUCCAUUGACUGCCAGUGAAAAACCUUGUUCAACCCAUUGAUCUCCAUCACAAUAUUCCAGUUUGCCUUCCUGUCUGUUCCGAGAAAGAGUGGCAUUAAUGAUAUCGUUCAUAGAAGCACACGAACGUAAAUAUUUCUCACACUACAGGUUCACAUCCAAAAAGGCAAUACACAAGCAGUCAAAUCUAUAAUGUGUGUGUGUUAAGGCGUGUUCUUAUGUUCCCGUCGAGCUGCAGCUUCAACAGCAUCAUGUGUGUAUUUUAUUUUUUAAUGUGUAAUCUGAUCUUUUUAGUUGAGAUAACUUAGCUGGACUGAGGGCAUUUUCCUAUAAGAGCUGCUGUACAUGCAGAGACUGUGUGUGAGUGUGUGUGUGUGUGUGCGUGUGCGCGCGUGCUGCGAGCGCUACGUGACAUUAUGAUGUAACUCCUGAUUCCUUUUAUAUGUAGUAAACAUUUUCUUUGCACAUGCAGCGAUAUCCUGUAGAGGUAUUUCCUGUGCUGGUGACCUUUUUUUAAAACUAACCUUUUUGUUGAUUUGAUGGCUCUGAAUCUAAAGCAUUGAUUUAGCUUAGCAUAGUAGCACAAAAUCAAUAUACAGUAUAUAAAGCUAGAGAUGCUUGUCUUCUGGCUAAAGGUAUUCAGGCAAUUAUGAGAAUUAAUAAUGGAGCAAACCAUAUUAGACACACCUAAUCCCCUUUUUCCAAUAAUUCCUAUGAAGUAUUUGCUAUAUCCUGUAAAAGGUUGCACUUUCCUUCAGACUAUGCAACAUUGCAUUCAAGCACUCCCUAGUACCCUGAAGUGGUUUGAUACUAAUACUGUAGUUGAUAAUGUAGCCAUUGCUUGGCCCCUUCAGUGUUUUCCCUGUGAAUUUAUGACCACUGCUUUUGCAAAUCCAACAAAGCUGAAAAUGUAAUUGCACUUUAAAGUCAGCGUGAGCUCACUGGGAUCUGUUUUUAUUUGACCUUUACCACAGUAUGCUGUAGCUAACAUGUAUAAAGUAUGAUCAGCUCCAAAUCAGUGUUUUGCAUUUUUAGAGAAGAGGUUUGUACAGUGUCUCGACCGGUGGAUGGCUGAUGCCUCGUUUAGUUAGAAUCACUUCCAAGACUGUUCUCCAUUUCUUUUCCACUCAAACACAUCCUCUUGUUGAAUCUGCAUGAGCUCAUGUCUCCAUUCUGAAUAAUAAAAAGCAAAAUCAGUCAAA